AUGGUAGCAAAGAAAAAAGACGUUAAAGGAAUCCUUAAAAAAAAAGUAGUUAAGAAUGCAGGAAAAUUAGCAAAAGUAAAAACGGUAAAAAUUAAGGGAGCUGUUUCAAAUAAGCAGAAGAUCAAGUCCAAAAAAUUUGUCCAUGUGUAUGUAUACCACCCUCUUCAAAGUAUUUCUUAUAUUAUAUAUAACUAUGAUGAAUUUGUUUAA